GGAAGACAUCUUGAGAGGCGUUCAGGGGCGUUUGGUCUAAAACGUGUCGGGUUAUUUUUGACAGCGUCGAGCCAUUUUUGUGCGAUGGACUCGCAACCACCACCAAAACCGUGGGAACGGCGGAUUCCCGGGACUAUAGGUCCACCUAUAAAUUACAGGUCUACAGACUUUGGAUCUUCUGCAGGCCCCUCUAUUGGCCCUCCCGUCCUGACCAGAGUUGCCCCUCCACUGCCCCCACGUCCCGUGCAGCAGUCCUACCGUCCAUCUUACAGCUCCUUCACCUCCUCUUACAGCCCCUACGGGAGCUCCAUGUACGGGGGCUACAGCCCCUACAGUCCUUACAGCGGCGGCUACGGCCUCGGAGGUUACAGUCGCUUGCCGCACGCGGAGGAUGCCGCCCCCAGUCGCUUCGUGCAACAGGCGGAGGAAAGCAGCCGCGGUGCUUUCCAAUCAAUCGAAAGCAUCGUCCAUGCCUUCUCCUCAGUCAGCAUGAUGCUGGACGCCACCUUUUCGGCCGUCUACAACAGCUUUCGUGCCGUGCUGGACGUGGCCAAUCACCUGACGCGGUUACGUGCGCAUCUCACCAGGGUUUUGUCAGCCUUUGCGCUGGUGCGCACUUUAAGAUACCUCUACCGACGUUUACAGAGACUGCUUGGUCGGGGGUCCGCUGCUGAGGUUGAGGAUUUAUGGGCAGACAGUGCAAGCGAUGCCCUGGCACCACCCAGAGGCCGAGGAACGGGAAUGGACGAUCAGACCGUUAAGUCGUGGCCAAUCUUUUUGUUUUUUGCUGUGGUCCUGGGUGGACCAUACCUCGUUUGGAAACUGCUGAGCUCUGCCACUGGCUCUGAAGAUAGAGCUACUAAUUGGGCCAAUGGAGAGGAUGACCAUGUUGUGGCGAGAGCAGAGUAUGACUUUUCAGCUUCUUCCGAAGAGGAGAUUUCUUUCCGGGCUGGCGACAUGCUCAACCUCGCACCAAAAGAGCAACAGCCGCGUGUGCGGGGCUGGCUGCUGGCCAGCCUGGACGGUCAGACGACAGGCCUCGUCCCCGCCAACUACGUCAAGAUCCUCGGCAAGAGGAGAGGCCACAAGCAGGCGGAGAUGGAAAGGCUGGCUCAGGUGCAGCAAGGGGACUCCCAGACUGCCCUGGUCACAAAUGUGAAUCCUUCACCCGAGGAGUUGUUGGAGUCUGUGUACAAAGAAACACCGACUUCCGCCAGUGUAGGACUUUCAAAUUCCAAUUCUGACACAGUGGUUAACAUCUCAGAAAAAAACGAUUUGUGAACCUUUUGUUUGUUUGAACGUACCUGUAGGCAAGUCCAUUUUUUAAAUUUUGACUGUUUGAAUGUAAACGUUGGAUGAUUAACAGUAAAAGUAGUGGAAAUAUUUCAUUAAGGGUCAUUACAUACAUUUUUGUGUUUCUUUGUAAUUGGUUAGAACUAUUGUUCAAAUUCUUAUCUUGGACAAUAAGAAUGAAAAAUGUAUGUGUUGUAAUUUAUAAAAAGUUAUUUGUGUAAUUCUGCUUUUUAUCACGGUUAAUCUAAAAUCAUGAGGGUUAGGUUAGAUUAUGUGUGUUCAUAAUGAGAGGCAGUUAAUUUGGACUGCUUCUCAAAAUACAAAUUAGUAAUGUAAAUACAUUCUAAUAUUAUUUUGUCAAAUAAAUCCAUUGAUAAAUCCCAA